AUGGAAAUUCAAGGUUGUAUUAUUAUAUGUUUUGUUGCCACUUUUCUAUGGGUAAGUUGAUUAAAUUAUAUCAACUUUAAUAACCUGUGUUUGUUAAAUUAAUUACUGUAUUGUAUUAUAAAUUACAGUAAGUAUUUUCAAUUGAGAAUAAUUUUUAGGAUAACUAUAUGUUCAAAAAAAAAAUAUAUAUAUUUAUUAUUAAUUAGAAUGAAGUUUUCUUUGUUGUUUUUUAACCUAGGAAAAACAUAUAAAUAAUAACAUGUUUUUAUUUGAAGUUAGAAACACUCGUUUUUUUUUACCUAUUUUGAACACCAAACAUCAUGCGAUGAUAACGAAUAGGUAAUCGAGGUAAAAAAUUAUAUAAAAAUAACAAAUAGGAUUCUAAAAAUCGAGACUAACUUUACGUAGGUAGCAGGUACCUAAAACCGAUCGAAGCGCUCUUCUUCUCUUUCAAACAAUCAGAAUAUCUUGGUAUUUCAGAACAGUUAUUUUCGGCACAAAAACUCCAUUCAAUGAUUUUUAUAGAGUAAUGAUUUAUGAUAAUAUGGCUAUUGCCCGCAAUGUAUUUGUAUUUUUUUUUUAAAAUUAUUCAACACGUUGAACAUUGGCAUUAAGAUUAUUAAUAAUAGGUUGUUCAUGUAAGUUUUAAGUGUACAAUUUAAAAUAUUGUUUCGAGAAAUUUUAUAUCCGUAUUAUAUUUUGCAUAUAUCGCUCCUUUUUAUCAUUUAUCAUUAUUUUCAGUUGAAAAGGUAACUUGUAUCUUAAAACGAUGUUUCUUAGUCGUUUAUUUUAAUCAUUUUUAUGACGAAUUAGAAACAUUUUAUACAGGUUUAUUAUAAGUGGAGCAAGCACACGUAUUAGUUUUAUUGAAAUGUGUUCUUUAGAUUCAAAGCAUAACAAGUGAUUAAUCAAUCUCUCAUUUUCGAGUAGAAAACUUGCUCCAAUCGAAAUAUGACUAGACACCUUUUUUGUUGCAUUUUGGAUCUAGUGCAUUAAAGAGGUAAUUAAUAAAAUAUUUUUCUAGCAGUUUUUUAAUAAUUUGAAAAAACAUGUAAAACAAACCUAGGAAAACUCAGAUAAAUAUUAACACCAUUAUUGAUUUAAUAUACCUAACUUACCUUCUCAAGUUUCUAUCUACAACAGUGACACACCCAUCAGUGGUAUCAGAUUUUUUUUUUAUGAAUUUUUAAUAUUUAUACAUUAUCAAGUUUUGGGUUCUUAUUAUGUGUAAUACGAGUGUAUUACAUAUAUAUAUAUUUAUUUUUUAAUUUAAAUCAAUGUCGAGAGAUUACUGGGCCUCAUUGAGAAAAACUCGUGUGGAGGCCCAGGAAAAAUUAUAUAAUUUUUCCGUGCCCAUUUAAUAAUAAUAAUAAACGUGUUUAUAAAUAAUACAUUUAAUAAUAAACGUGCCCAUUUAUUUAUUAUCACUGUUGUGUCGAUUAUUUUAUAGAAAAAUCGAAAAACAAACUAUUUUUUAUUAGUAUAGGUACUCUACCAUUGUUUUUAAUCCGAUAUACUUGUGUAGAUCAGAGAGACGAUUGGAUAUAUAUGUUGAUAUCUAUAUUAUACUUUUAAAACAUCAACCAGUCAAUCACCGUCAAUAAUUUAACAUUUACGUCACAGUUAAUUAUUUAUCUGUAAAUAUUUUAUUUGUUAGCAAUCCCACAGAACUGACGUCAUUUGGCGCAGUGUUUGGGAAACGGGUAAUGUGCAUCAUAAUGUGUAUGAUGUUAAUUCACGGAAAAAAAAUUCUUGUCAUUUGAUGUGCUCUGAUUUUGAAGAAAUAAUAUAAUUGAAUAUAAACCACAAUAAUAUUCGUAUUUGCAAAAAUUUCAUAAAAUUGUAGAAAAUAAAAGACCAUACCUAAACAGAGUUUCAACCACCAACAAUUUUCUAAAAAUCUAUUUUACAAAAUGACUUUAUUUUAAAUAAUUAAAGUAUUCAAUCAUUUCAGCUUUAACUACAAUUCAAAAUUCCAAAAAUCAGAAUUUGAGUAUACGCAAAAUUUAACCAAAAAAAUUUGGUGAGCACGCUAAGCGAAUCAUUCUGUAUAUUAAAAAUAUUGAAUAGAACAAAAGUUAUUUCAAGUGUCAAAUCAUCGUGAGACAUACUGUAUAUACAAUACAUUUACAGGCAUUAUAAAUAUGUCAUUAAGUCGAUUACACUUAUUUAAUUCGAACCCGUUCAAGUUCGAAAAUCUCUCUUAUCGCUCAUUAUAUAUUGUAGUGUGUCGAAUCGAAAAUUUAUUGUGUGCCAACUCUCGCGUACCUACCUACUUAACGUAGUACAGGUUGAGUUCAGAAAAAGUGAUAUAAAGGAGUUUUUAUAUUAUAGCCAUUAAUAAUAUUAUUUAUUUCGACAUUUUAUCCUCCAAAGUUUCCUGAAAAUUUAUGGCCUUCGGAGUUUCAUUUGCAGCCAUAGUGACAGUCGCGGUAUAAGAUAUUAGCCAAUUUUAGUGUUAAUUUAUAUGCUUACAUAUAAUUGAUUUUGUUGUUAUUGUAAUACAACAAUUUUCCGUUCAGCAGGUACGGGAUAAUUAGUUGUAGGUAUACCUAUACGUUUAUACCCGACCUAUUUAUGUUCUUUUGGGUGACAUUAUCUUAAAUUACGCUGUUCUAAAAUGUGCUCAUUGCACUUGCAUUAAUUGUGUAUGCAUGUUAUUAAAGUGACCGAAACUUGUUUAUAAUAUUAUAAUAUCCUGCCUCGCCGGCCCAUUCGGAAAUCCUAGUCGCACCCCGCACCGCGGUUAUACGGAAUAUCAGCUGCGAAAUACAUGCGCUGUACACAUGCCCGUGAAGUUGGCACACCCUCUUAUAGCUAUCGACUUCAAACCAAUGCCAAAAACCAAUAUUUUGCAAGUAAUUUGCAGCAAUUUGCAACGCCAAUUUUAAAAUUUACAACAUCACGCAUUUCCCGGAAAAUCUGAUUCUUUGUUGGGGGUAUCAAGUUCACGCAGCACCUUCAUUUGAAGCUAUCCAUUUAAAAUGAACGCCUAUAUUUUGCAACUGAUUUAGUACUAUACACCAGUACACACAUUCGGUGACGCGUUUAGACAUUUUAAUAAUGAUAAGGGUUCGAAUUUCGUCGACAUACAAUAAUAGUAGUUAUUGCCAGUAGUUAUACAGUGGUGUAAGUAGCGUAAAAAUUUAAAAGGAGCAAAAUAAUUUAUUCACCAUAAUCAAAACUCUGAGCUUCCUCCUCCGGUUUAAAUAUAUUUCAGAUCCUGAGUGUAUUAGUUUCAUAAUAAUGUUUAUAUAUUUUUUUCUGUGAACAACUUUUCUUCCAGAAAUUUUGCUCCGAUUUUUAAAUGUAACAUCUUUUCGGAAAGUAAAUUUUAUUGGAGUAGUAUAUUAGGAGGUUUUUUUUUUUAAUUUCCCAGUGGUUGACAAAAUAAAUAGGAAAAAUCUGAAAAAUUUACGAAAUUUAUCUAUUAUUUUCAAAUCGUAAAUAUUAUAGCCUUUCAAAUAACUAAACUCAUCUCAGAAUCGUUUUUCGUUAGCGGUGAUUAAUCGUUUCGUACAAUUAUAUGUUAAAUUCCCCUCUACCUUACCAACUUCUCACUUACAAAAAUGGCUCACCCAUCGUGCGUAGUAUAAUCGUUUUUUUUUAUUGUACGUAUUGUAUAUGGUAUGCUUAAUCAUUUGUUUUAAGACGAGUCUUAAAACUCAUUUUAUGGUUUAGACAAAUUGCAGGUAAUUGGUACAAGGUACUAUAUUGUUGAAUAAUAUUAAAUAUCUACAAAAAAGUGUAUUAAUAAAAAAUGCUGCAAGUAGUUUAAAAAAGUAACUAGUAGAAAUAUUGUUUACAUUUAUUUUAUAAUUGGUUAAUGUAUUGCAUUUUUUCAUAACUUAAGAAGAAUCAAAUAUUUUUACUGUUAAAUUAUCAGCGGAUUUUUAUAGCCCUACUAACCAAACAUCGUCAGACUAAAUUUUUUUUUUUCGUUAAUCAACCAUUGCUCACGAUGAUAUAUUUUAUAGGGUGAGUCACCACGAGUUUACUCGGGUUAUAUCGUUAUAAGCCGGCAUAGGAUCGGACGUAUUUGAUAUUUUAUACCUAUUAUACCUUUAUACCUAUUUGGGAGUUUUUGAACACUAUAGGUACCCAUUUCAAUUUUUUUUAUACCUAUUAUUAGUUUACUGUACCUAUAACAUUUAGAACAUAUAAUAUGAUAACUGACUGUUCCGGCGUUUGCAAACAUUUUAAAAUGACAAUGCAUCGAAUAUGUAGAACGCUAUAUUGACACUAUGUAAAUAAUUUAUAAUACAAUACCUAUGCACAGUAGAGAGAUUAUAAUAUUCGACUAUGACACGCGAUUGUUACGGACAACCUAUUAUAAUACCUAUAGAAACAUAUGCAAAAAAAAAAAUAUAAUAUACUAUCCUGAGUAUGGAUUUUAUUUAUCAGAUUUGUGGUUUUGAUAUAAUGUUAUUGCAUUUAUGCAUAAUGUGUUAUUGGUGAAUAUUUUCAACUAAUAUAUUUUGAGUAUUGAAAAAUAUUGAGCAAUAGGUAUUAUAACAGAAGUUUUUAUGCCAAUUAUAUAUUAUAAAUAUUGUAAAUUAUGAGAAAGUUAAUAGGGAUCAAUUUCAAUUUUGUUUUUCUCAUUAUAUAGCAAACGUCAGUUAUUUCGUCAACUGUCGAUGUCGAAAAUUCAAUGUCGACCGUAGUUGUUGAAAAUUCAAAGUCAACCGUAGGCGUUGAAAAUGUACAGCCGGACGAAACCCUUGUAAAUCAAAUGUGGUCGUAUGUAGUUAAUUCACAACUCGUAAAAUCGAUGUUUAAUAAAGACGACCCCACCAAAUGUAUAACUAGUAUCUACGACAUUACCGUUAAGGAUCUUAACGGGAAUGAUGUUUGCCUAGGUAAAUACAAGUAAGUGCACCCCUUGUAGUUAUAUACAUGUGUACGCAAUGUCUUUUUGUCCGCAGAAAAAUUGAUUAAUCGUUAAUAAUUUCCGCCGGAAAAAUAUAUCCAAUGUUCAUGUUAGCGAUUAAAACAUUAUUUUAAUCAAACUGAGUUUAAACAAAAAGUUUAAAAUAAUUGAUUUAACCAAUAUAAAACAACGGUUGUUUUGAACAGAAAAAAAAUAUCCUAAAAAGUAAAAUUCCAUGAAUAUUAAAUUUAUUAUCAAAUUAAUAAUUACUUUAAAAAAUUAUAUUUUUUUUUUAUAUUAUACCAUUUAUAAUUUAUUAUUUAUUAUUAAAAAAUAAAAAUGAUUAUUAAAUAAUAAAAAAAUUAAAUAAUACAUUUUCUUAUCGAGAUAAGUACGAUAUAUGUAAGGAAAAAAAGUAGUGAAAAUAAUGAAAUUAAAAAAACGAGCUGCUACUGGGGACGGAUGUGUGCAGGGGGAAGGCAGUUUUUAUUUAUAUAUUUUACAUAAAUUUAAUAUAUAGUUUAUAGUUGAUUUGAAUUGAAAAUUUGAAUAAUGUGCCCCGCCCCUUUAAAAAAUGUACGGAUCCACCGAUGGAUGUGCCACUGUUAUAGGUGGGAAGUUGGGAUUUUUGGAUGAAUAAAUUACGUUUAUAAACACAAAAUACAUUUUUCAAUGUAUAAUGUAUAUUAUAUAACUGAACACAAUGAUAAACCAUUGCUAACGAAAAACGAUUUAAAGCGAAGUUUGGUUAUACAUGUUUUGAAAGGCCGUAAUGUUUACAAUUUUCGUCAAAAUUAAACAUUAAAAUUCUAAUACAAAAAAAAAAAAAAAUACCACAUUAAACAUAAUUUUACUUUUUAACGCAAAGUGCUUAUAACAGACCUUUUGUUGAAUUCUGAAGCAUUUCUGUUUUGUCAAACAAUAUUAUUCACAGAGUACCUAUAAAAUAAAAAUUACGUAAAAAACUUGCCAGCUUAAAAUGUCUAUAAAUAGCUUAAAGAUGGCUCUAAUUUUUUGAACAUUUUACCGUGUCUAGAAAAAGUAAAUAUAAGUUUUCUGUUCAAAUUUCAAGUUUUUAUGAAUAUUUUAAACCCAAUAAAAAAAAAAAUUUAAAAUAAUAAAAAUAUUAUUUUGGUACAUUUUCCCUAUUUUUUCUACGUUUUGUUUUCGGUUUUGCUUAAUUAUUAAGAAACUACACAGAAAAUCAAAAAAUAACUUCUUUAUUCAAUAACUAAAUUUAAAAUUCAAGGUCUCUUAAUGUUUUUCUAUAGGAGCAAUAUUUCUGGUAAAAAUCUUCAGCCGUAAAAAUUUAAAAUAAAAGAACGCUGUAAAUUUAUUAAUUUUCAUUUUUGUUAUUUUCUAGUUUUCCCAACUAUUACGAAAACUACCUGUAUAAUACUUGAGGACAUCUUUUAUAGUACCGUGAUUUUUACUUAUUGAGCGCACUGUUAUUUCAGCCGAAACUUUAAACUUAAGUAACCAGAAAUGAUGUUUCAAUCAAAAAAUUACAAGCGACCUUUUUUAUUGCAUUUCGGAUUUAGUUGGUGCAUUGAGAAAGUCAUUUUUUUAAUUUUCUACGUGGUUUUCAUAAUAAUUGGGAAAACCGAAAAACCGGACAAAUAAUGACAACACCACGGCAUUAAUAAUUACAUUAUUUUACAUGAUUUCGAUUUUGUUUUUUAUCAGAAAUCUUGCUCUUUUAAGAAGAGGAUCUUCUCUGAAAGAAAAUCGAGUCUAGUUGGUGAGUAAAAAAGUUGUUUUUUAUGUUCUGUGUAGUUUUCUUAAUAUUAAGGAAAAACUAAAACAACGUAGGAAAUACGUGAAAGCUAAGGGCCUGCAUUAUUUUCAUUAUUUUCGAUUAUAAUUCGGUUAAAAAAAUCAUAGAGACCUAUCAGAAUAUUUAUACUUGCCUAACUUUUUGAUUUUAAGUGUUUUUGAGCUACUCAAUUUAUAUGAUAUUCUAUGGGGUAUUACAUGAUGUACGUUAAUUUCACAACCCUAAUAAUUAUAAGUAUUAUAGCAUAACUAAGUAAUGCUUUGGUUUUUAACCAUCGUACAUAUUUUUUUGAUUGUAGAGGUCAAGUAUUGCUCAUUGUAAAUUAUGCAUCAAAAUGUCUCCUUACUAGUGAAAACGUGGACAAUCUAUCGAAACUGGCCCUGGAAUAUGCACCCCAAGGAUUUAAAGUGCUAAUAUUCCCCAGCAACACUUUCUAUGAGGUGAGAUAUAAUUCGAACGAUGUUUUAUAACACGUAUGGCAGCCGUUUAUAGGUUUGACUAUUGGAAAUUCAUUCUUGUUUAUCAAGAAUUGGAAAAAUAAACAGGUAACACGAUGCUGUGGAGUAUGCAGAGGGGGAAUUUAAGGGUUAUAAUGGUUCCAUAUUAGCUUAAAGUAUAAAAAAAAUAUAAAUUAGUAAUUUAAUAUCGAAUUGCAUAUAUUUCAGCCAAGUUGUGACGAAAAGCAUGAUGUAUUGAUAAGAAAUUAAUUUUUUUUAGGAUCAGAAUUUUUAAUCACCAAUUCCCAUAGACGAGUUUUGUAGAGAAGACGAUUGUACAAUUGUAGUUAUUUGCUAUAUAUCCUCCCACUGAAAAUUCCUGGGCACGCCACUGACUAGGCGAAUGGUUCGCAAUGAUUAAAUGAGACGUCUACGAGAAAGCGAUCAUGAUUUUAUUAUAAUUAACCAAAAAUGUUAAGCUCUAAAAUAUUAUACGACAUUAGUCAUUAUCAUGGUCGAGAAUGUUCACAUGCCACGAUACAAUACAUUUCAAUAUUUAUUUCUCGAUUUAACAAUAAAAUUUCUCAAUCCACUACCUCAAGAAUUUCAUACUACUAAGCACGUCUUCUCACUUAGAAGUCUAAUUAUUUCAUUAUAUUUAUACUUUAUAAAUAUCUAUUAUCCACAUGAUGGUAUUUUAUUAAACACGAAUCCAUGUCCAAUAAAUGUGUACUAUCAGAAACAUAGGAGUUCAGUUUAUAUGUUAUAUAUUUGUAUUUGUCCAAUGCGAUUAUAUUGCCGAAUAUGUUUAAUAGUUUCUUAGCCAAUAAUAAACUUGUAAAUAUUGUAAAUUAUGAUUAUUAUGUUUUCCUUUCACCCAAUAAAUAUUACAUCAACAUAAUGUUUUAUAUUUAUAUACUAUGUUUGUGCAGAACAUAGGUGGAAAUAAUGCUGGUAUAACAUUACAAAAGGAGCAUCCUGAAUUUGAUGUAUUUUAUCAAGUUGAUGUAAAUGGUGCUAACACAGACUUGUUGUACGUAUAUCUCAAAAAGCAAUUGCCUGGCAAUUCUUGGAUUUCAUCGUAAGUUAUCUGAAGUAGCUUACUUUGUGAACCGUUCAUACAAUAACGUAUAAAGUACAUUCAUUUUAGAAAUCUUUGGUGGAAUUUCGUUAAAUUCCUGGUGGACAAGUCCGGGAAACCCAAUCAACGUUUUGAAACAUAUGAUUCAAUUGAAGUAACUAAUAUAAUACAGCGCAUAAUUAAAAAUAACAUUUGUAUAUAUGUUUUGUUAAAAUUAGUAGCCCACAGUCUGGUUGGCAUAUCUGUAAUUUUAUGGGUAAUGUAGCUGGGUAUAUCAGUUACAUUACAUUUACCCACAUUACCCAUUACAUGGGAGUUAUUACCCUGUUAUUUUUUCUUUUCAUUACCUAUUCCCUCAACUAUUUUUGUUAAAAGACUGUUGUGUCGGAGUGCAUAUCCUAUCAUUCUAGCUUGUCUACUUUUUAACAUUUUAUUUAUUAGACAUCUCUUUUCUCCAGCUUUAAGUAAUAAUUUCUCAUUGAUUAUUUCAUGUUCAAUCCAACUAAGUUUAGCAUAUGACUGUUACACCAUACUUAAUACACAAAUAUACUUAUUUCUCUCAUUUUUUUUACUGUCCACGUAUCGCUUCCAUAUGAUAAAAAUACUCCAGAAAAAAGUUUCCAAUAGGAUUUUUCUAAGUUUUAGAAAACCUUUAGAAAACAUUCAUCAAUAUACAUUGAUAAAAACAGUUUCUUUUUUAUAGAGUGCAAAUUUUAUUUGUUUAAUCCUACUUUUUCUUUCUCAUGGACAUUGUCAAUAGCUUUUUAUGUAAUAUAUUUAUGUUCAUUGUUCUGUUGGUGAGUGUCAUUAUUAAGGGUUAUUUUCUAGGGAAAAUAUUGCCAUUAUUCUACAUAUUAUUUGCAUAAUGUUUUGUAGUGUUCUUCCUGGUAUGUGGUUAUUGUUAUAUCAUCUAUAAAAUGAAAUAUAUAUAUAUAUUCUCGUUGCAUAUAAUUAAAUUAAAUUAAUUAAAUUAUAAAUCGAUAAAGUAAAAAUCAAUGAAAUAUAUUUUAAUUUACAACGUGUGAAUAACUUAUUCUAUUUUUCAUUUUAAAAUACUUUUUCUAGAUCAACAGGAGAAAUUAUUGUUAGUUUAAUUUUCUUGAUUUGCUUUUCGAUCACUUGUCUCAAAGUUUAUGCAGUUUCCAGCAUAUCUGUUCCCUUCCUAAAACCAAAUUUAAUCUCUGUAAGUUCUCUGUAACAUGUUAUUUUCUAUAAUGUUUUAUAAUAUUUACGAUCAACAUUUUAUAUGAACGUGGCUGAUAUGGCUCAAAGUACUGUACUAUUUGAUAUGUGCUGUUGAUUUUUUUGUAGGCAUAAUUGUACAUUUUUUUUUUUAUUCUAGUAGUAGCCUAUCAUUACUCAUACCACCUCGUAAAAUAUAUAUAUUUUGAUUUUCUUCCUUCUAGUUUCUCUUAUUAUGUUAUAUUGUCAUUUACAUCUUCAUCUCUGUGUCUGGAAAACUCCAUGUAACUUUUAUAACUUAUAUUAACUUUUAAUAGGUACAUCAGUUCAUUUUAAGUUCAUAAUAAAUGAAUGACCAACAAUACAUUUAUUACUAUUACCUACUAGCCGUCCCACAACCGGCGUUGCCUGUGCUUAUUUAUUAUUCUUUUUACCUUUAUUUCCGUAUUGCUUUGUUUGUAUAUCAGUAUAUUGAGCUAAAAAAAAAAUAAGUGAAAAAUGGGUAGUCCGCGGAUUAAAAGUUUUCUAGUGUAUCAUACAUUUUUUUAUUCGUGUUACCAUAGAUACCUAAUAGGUACACAACACAGAGAUUAAAUUAUAUAUCCAUUAAUAACCCUAAAAUUAUGAGGACAUAAUAAUGCUGUAGUGUUGUCACUGUACCAAAAAAUACAAAGAUUCUGAGAUGACGUCUUGCGUGUUUUUACUUUUCCCUUAUCCACCCUAUACAGAGCAUACAUUUUUGUUUUUUUUUCAUCCAUGUUACCAAGCCUAUCUUAUUUCAAACCAAUAAUAAACCGAAAGAGUGUUAGAUAAACUCUUUAUAUUAAGUUGUUAUAGUUAUUAGAACAUUUUUAUUUCUGUUUAUUUUUUGUUUUAUUUUUUUUUUAUUCAUUCCAUCCGCAUUACAAUGGUAAUUCAUAACUAUACAAAAAUAAUUUAAUUUUUGUUCCAAAAAUACUUAAAAAACCUUUUAUACCAUAUUUCAUCUCCUUCAAGUUUAAUUUUUGCGAUAGAAAGUAGCCUAUGUUUUCUUCCAAUGCAACAUCUAUCUCUAUACCAAAAUUCAUAAAAAUUCGUUUAGUGUAAUUUUUCCGUUUUUACAUCCUCACAAACAUUCAAAUUUAUAAUAUUAAAGUAAGAUUUCUAGCCCAACUUUUCAUAACAUAGAUUAAAAAAAUAUAGUUUGACAGAAAUUAUUUAUUAUACACUAACCUAACCGAAUUAUAAUUAAAUAAAACUAGUUAAAUCCAUCAUACUCGUAAUAUUACAUAUUAUUCCGGUGAAUGAUUACGAUACUAUAAAUAAAUAAUAAUUAAUUGUUUUGAUUUUUAUUGUUAAAGAGCAUAAACGAAGCGGUGAAGAAACUCUUGAUUCAGAAUUAAAAUUAAGUAAAUUACAAAUUUAAACUAUUAGGUACCUACCUACCUAAGUGCAAGUAUUACAUUAUUCAUCAUUAAUAUUAUAGAUUCAUUGUAAUAAAAUAUUUUACUACGUUUUCUUAUUAAAAAACAUGUAAAGUACACCUAAAGUACAAUAACCUAUUUUUAUUUUAAUAAACUGAAAAAAUAAUUAUUUCCAAAUUUAUUGGACAAUUGUGUAAAUCGAAUAUUAAGUAAUGAAUUGAAUUGACAUUAUAUGUGACUGAUUUUAAUUGAGACUUGUAAAAUAAAUAACUUCUACAAGUUAAUAUAUAAUAGUGUUUAUUUAAAACUUUAUGUUCCAAUAAAAUACCUUUUUUACUUUUUUUAAAGUUAUUGAGACCAUUUUGCCAAACAUAUCUUCCUUCAUCUAUAUUGAUCUUCUGCUACCUCCCGCUUACUUUAAUUCCUAUGUUCGAAUUUUGAGAAUUAUUCUUAACGUAAUCUUUCAAACGGAAAUGGAAAACGGUUACAUUUUUGUUCUCGCCAAAUCUAUUUCUACCCAUAUUAUUGUUUGGGAAUCCUUAGUCAUGAUAAUUAUGUUACAUCGAUGCCUACUACUUUGGUGGAUGCGGGAUUCGGGAUUAUCCAUUUGAUAUGACUCUUGAGGUAUAUAAACUAAGAAUACAAAACUUCAAACUAAUAAUUAAUAAAGAAUAUGUACGACAUACGUAAAUAACGAAAUUACGAGUAAAUAAUUAAAAAUACCUAAAUACAGAAAGAUACAGAAAGAUACAGAAAUUGGAAUAACAAGAACUGAAGAUGCUGCGUGUCUAUAUGAUAUUGACAGGUCUUGAACGAGAUGGUUAUGGUGGAAUGCGAGAAAUAAAGAGAGCGAUAAUGUAUAGCAAGGCGAAUAUCCGGAAUGGUGCAUCGGGUUCGCCGUAAUGAUGGGCGAUCUGAAUCGAUUUUUUUUACGAUUCGAUUUGGAAUACAUAACAAAAGUCUUUUAAUUUUGUUAUAAUAAUUGCAACUGUAUAGUAUAUAGUGUAUACUGUAAAGACGCAAAAAAUAAAUUAUUUUUAGGGAGGGGUCACCUGAUAUUUUUUUAUCCAGUUUUUGUUAAGCUAGAAUAAUUUUCACCUAAUAUUUAAUGACUCUCUUAUUCGUUAAUCACUUAUUAUUUAUGCCCCUUUCACAGCGUAAAAUUAAAACAUAGGUUUUAGCACUGUAAGAGAAUAUAUGAACCACUAAUUGCAGAAAGAGGACAUGUUCCUAAAACUUAAUUUUACAGAAAGCACACAACAUUUUCUGGGUAAGAUUGAGAAGCAUCUAGACGUACAUAUGAAUAAAUCACAUUAUUAUCCACACUUUAAAAAAUUAAUCAUCUCGAUAUUUUCCAAAAUUUAACAUGAACAUUGGCAGCCAUUUUCAAUUGUUCGAUAUGUCCCCUAUCUGUAUUAAACAUUAACUUUAGUUGUCGAUAUUUAUCCAUAACGGUUGAUGGACUAGUCCAUCAGUUUUAAAUAAACUAUGUAACUAUUCAAAGUAAAUAAAUAUAAAUCUGGUAAUAACUCAAUUUCGUUAGAAAUUGGAUAUAUUCCCUUUCUGCAAUUAGUGCUUCAUAUUAACGAUAUGAUUCAUAUUCGUAUUAUACACAUAAUAAUAAAAAACAAUAUAUUUUAUACUUAAAACAUUACUACUUAUAAUAUAUUUUAUUAAUGUAACGAAUUUAUUUAAACUGCACUACAGCAUUAAAAAAAAAAAAAAAUUUAGGAGGGGAGCAUGCCCCCAGUGCAUCACAAUCAAUCAUUUUAUAUUCUGAGUAGGGCGAAGAAGCUUAUGAUUUUACAAUUUUUUUUUUUCUGUGAACAACUUUUCUUUUUUGAAAAUCUUGCUCCGAUUUACAAGUGUAGUACUUUUUCUGAAAGAAAACCGGACUAGGGAGAUACUUUAAAAAUAUCAUUGUUUGAUUCUCUCAGGAGUUUUCCCAAUAAAUGGUAAAACCAUGGGAAAACCGGGAAAACGUAGGAAAAACGGGAAAAUAGGUACAAUAUUAAACAAAUAUUAAUAAAGAAAAUACGAGAUAUACAUUAAAUUUCUCCUAUUCUACCUUUUAAACUUCUCACCUACAACAGUGGCCUACCCACGUGCGAAGUUGGCCGGUGUUUUUUAUUCACAAUAUGAAUUCCAUGUUCCAUUGUUCAUUCGGAUUGAAUUUUUCCUCGUGUAUUAUGUAAUCCUGUGCGUAUAAAUUUUUACGUUUCACUUUUCCUUGGAAAAUGGCUUCAAAAAAUGUAUAAUGUAGGUAUAUUUCGAAAAAGGUGAAGGCGGUGGAAAUUCCAAGGUUUGCAAAUGUUUCGUUAAAUCGUCUAGAAACACGACCAAUUUAAAGUACCAUUUAAAAAGAAAACAUUUGUCAAUUAUUAAUAAAAUUAAUUAAACUACUAAAUCCGAGAGUGAGGAUAUUGACAAUCAAGACAAUGUUGAAAUGAAUGAAACGUUUGAAAAAUUAGCUGAAAAUAUUUUUAGUACUGUAAGUUAAAGUUUUAAUUCACUAUAAAUUACGAAUGCUCAUAGGUAUUGUGUUAUAUUAUUUGUUAAAUUUUAAUACUUUUAGGCUCAAAAAUAUAAAAUAUUUAUGGACACAAUGGUAUCAAAACUAUCCCAAAUUCACGUUCACGAACAAUAGUUGUAUUAGUUUCAACUCAGUGGAUAAAUAAUUUAUAAUUAGAAAUAAAUAAAUAAAUAAAUGGAUGCGUUGCCUGCAGGAGUAUUAGGAUAUGUGUAUUAUACAAUCGGUUUCGAAUUGAAAAUUCAUCAUCAGGUAAAUCUCAAAGUCAAAAAGUAAAACGCGACUGAACAUGAAAAAAUUAUGUCGUUUGACACCACGGUGUAAGUAGAACGGUUCACCAAAAGUACUAUUGUAUUUGACAACUAGUGGUCUAGCUUAAGGUAAUAGGAUCUAUAUUAGAUACGUACUUGACGUUAGAACUAGGGCCGCAAGGGACAAUGUAUAAGGGAGCAAACAUAAAUAUGACGCCCAUAAUUCAGUAUACGCCAUUUUUUACAAGUAAAUAGCCCAAAAAAUGUUAUAUUAUUCUUAUAAAAUAAUUAUGUGUUUACCUAUCUAGUCCUGUUACGCAUCGACAAUUAUAUAACGCGUAUUGUAUUUUACAAUAGAUAUAAAUUCCUUUUUAGAUAGCAACUUUAUUAAUAUAAUUUCAAACUCAUAGUAAAUCCAUAUCUAUAAAUUUGAUUAAUUCCCAGUGUAAUGAAAUUUCGUUUGUUGAUUUAUUGGCUCAUUGCGAAUAUUAUCCUGCAAUUUUUCAAAUACUUAAUGUUUUUAUAUCAUUGCCUCCGACAGCGUGCACAAUAGAAAGAUCGUUCAGUACAUUAAGAACAGUAAAAACGUGGCUUCGGUCGACUACAGUUGAAGAUCAUUUAAAUGGGUUGUGUAUGAUGAGCUUUCAUCGUGAAAGAGUGAACAUAAACAAGGAUAUUUUCAUUCAGGAUGUCAUUAAAAUGUUUGGAAUAAAACGAAGAAAUUUGCAGCUCUUAUUUACCGAUAUUGAAUUUAAUUAG